AUGGCCCAAGUUCCGGACGCGUCUACAGUGCCAGUACCUGAUGACAACCGACAGCACCUGCUGGAGGAGCGAACCCUUUUGCGUCGCCUCCGGCAACUCCAGCUCAAGCUCAUGCUUCGCCUCUGGAAGCAAGUGGGUGGAGUACAAGCUGGAAAUGGCCUUGGUGAAGGCAACUUCCAAGCCAUCUUCUUGGAGAUGCAAAGGCAGCAAAGUCAGGCCAACCAGCAGAACCAGCAGUUGAUAGCUGCCCUCAUGAGAAGAAUGGAUUUGGAAGAGAAGCGUCGAAAUGAGGCUGAAGAGAAGGCAGCGGAGACCGCACGUUUGGUUGCGGAGGCUGCAGCUAGAGCCAAGACGGAAGACCCGUUUGCAGCUGCACCGAGCACACCUUCUGUGCCUUUUGCAGGAGCUACCUCGUCUUCGAGCUCUGUUCGGAGCCCAUUGGUGCAGAAUAGGGCGGAGAAGUACCUUCCAUCUCUGCCGAUGCUAGAGCAUCAAGGCAUGAACAAGGGCAGGAUGCGAGAAUUGCAACUCUGCGUCAAGCAAAAGAAUGAGAUCCUUCAGAAGGAUUUGGCGGAUGAUGUUGCUGCUCGAAGUGCGAAGCUUUACUAUCUCACCCAAUCUCUCUCACGUUGGGAAAGAGGUCAGGAGUUGCUACGCUCGUGCUCGAAAAGGCAGUCUCUCAGUGCCUGCGGAUACGAGGCUGUGAGGACCAUCACGCAGCAAUACAGCAUCGUGUCUCGCAUGGAAGCUGUCUACGUGCGGGAGCAGUGCCUCAAGUUGGCGACUACGUGCCAGCAUCACCGACGGCCGACAGACCUCAUCCGUCACUUGGAGGACGAGUUUUCUCGUGCCGAAUCCAAGCUUGGGAACUUUCCAGAGUUGCGUCUCACGGAGGCUGACCGCUGCAGUGUUUUGCUGCAAGCUCUGAGCCAGGAGCUCAGACAGUACGUCGUUCUUCAUGGAAAGAGCAACGACUGGACAUCGCUGAGCGAUAGCCUUCGGUACUAUGAGGAGCAGUUUCGUCUGUGUGAGGGUCCCUUUUCCUCAAGUCGGCAGAUGUCAGGAAAAGGUGACAAGCUUUGUGACCACUGUGGACGAAAGGGACACCUGGCUAAGGACUGCUGGAGCCGUCAGCGUGAAGCCGGUGAAAAGGGCAAGAAGGGCGACAAGGGCAAGAAGGGCGAUGGCAAGGGAGCGCAGAAUCCGAAAGGAAAGCCACGCUCUCCAACGCCGAAAGGCGGAAAAGGCGGCAAAGACAAGGAGCAGAAGCCCGACAAGCCUGAUAAAGGCAAGGGCAAAGGCAAGAAGAAGAAGAAGGCUAGAGCCCGGGCUAUGGGAGAACCAGAGUCCGAGGCAGAGUCCGAGUCUUCGAGGACCUCCACCGUGAUGGCGAUGAGGUUUGCCAAGCCUUCUGCUGUACGAGAAGUACUGAGCCAGCCUGAGCCUGAGAAGCCUAAGCCCGUAGAGGCAGUCCCUAGACCGGUCGCUGUAGGGCCGAAAGUCACUGCAGAUGAGAAGGUAGGCACCCUGACUGGAAGCACCUCGAAGGGAGAUGCGGCAUACGUCUGCGCUUCGCUGCAGGGAUCGGACAUGGAGAUCGACUCUCUUCCUGUUGACAAGGAACCCAGGAAAGACAUUACUGCAGGACCAAGCAUCCUGAAGAAGACUUCGAAAGAAGCGAAGAGUGAUGAGAAGCCUGGAAAGGACGAGAAGUCUAUCCGCUUGUCGCUUCUGAUCUUCGGGAGGGAAGGCUUGCGCCUUGCCCUUAAAGGAAGUGAGUGCCCCGAAGCAACCGGAGUACUGAGCAUGUCGGAACCGCCAAUGGAGGUGGAGCAAGAUUCCCACAACUCUCCAGCGGAGAGUGCCGGGCAGGAGGCCUCCGAGUCAAGUUGCAGUACCUUCGCCUACGGUGGCUGCAUCAGAGACAGGAGAGACAGAAGAGGAGGAAGCAUGGGGAAAAUGGAGGGCAAGCAAGGCCAGGCCUUCGCAGCCAUCAGCCGAGCCGUCGCUGAUAGUGAAGUGGAGAAGCAUGCUGAGGGGACCGCGCUUCAGGUAUUUCAUGCAAGCGAUACGACAACAGCGAGAAGAUCUUAUUGCAUGUGGAUACCCUGUGCCGGCAAUUCCAGAGAACAACCUGGAACCGGAGAUGUGGGGCCGUGCCUGGGAACGGGCUGGUCCAAGAGGCUUCGCGAUCACGAUCCCGAUCCUCUGGAUGGAACGCCCUACAUCAGCGCGGAGGUUGCGUGGGCGCUGUGGCUGCCCGAGUUUCCGGAAGCCCCGGAGCAAGGAGGCAUCCUUCCGGUGAAGAGAAAGAGGGAUUUUUCCCAGCUCACCGACGAGUUGUUGGACGAGCAUACUACAAGGUUCGAACUCGCGGGUCAAGGCCGCACUCUUCACCAACGCGGCGUGCGUGCAAGGGACGCGCGUGCAGCUAUCGAAGGGUAUACUCCCGAUCCAAGUCACCUACGCCACCAGAGUGGCGGGGACGUGGCUGCGCUGGGUUACAUCAAGCGUAUCCUCAAGGUCCUGACCGUUUACGAGGCCAUGCCGGAGGCGGAACGCAACCUUUUGGCUGGAAUGUACCCAGACGACGUCGAGCUCCAGCUCGAGUGGGUGCCAGGCUCAGCCAUCAGGCAUGGGUGGCGUGCGUUAAUGGGGGCAAUGGAUCAGCGCACCCGGCGCUAUAUCGAGUUCGAAGCAGAGGUCCGAAAAUGGGAGGACUUGCAGUCCGCUCGACCCAAGGUCAAGGCCAGAAGGACGGCUGCAGCUGCUUCCAAAGCGACUGCAGAUACUGGAGGUGGAAUUGGAGCGAUGAACGAAGGCUCGGAGACUGGAGCAAUGAACGAAGGCUCGGAGACUGGAGCAAUGAACGAAGGCUCGGAGACAGAGUCUGCAGAGUCAUCCUCGGCAAGUUCGUCGGACGAAUCGAUUCCAAUGGGGGAAUACAUGAUGCAGAGCCGGACCAGAGUUUUGGCGCUCAUCGAAGCGGAGAAAGCCUUGAAGGAUGUGGGCUCCUCUGCGCCGCCCCCACCGUCUCCUGUCAUUAUGGAGCCAUCGCCGGUCGCGACGGACACUGCGGGGUACAAGUUCGAUCCAGCAGCCCUAGGAACCCCUCAGGGGGACACUGCGGCUCCCUCAACACCGGUACCUCCUUCGCCUUCCGCAAUUUCAUUGGCCCCUUUGGAGUCCUUCAAGUUCUUGGAUGUUCCACCUGUUGCUCCUCCUGGUCCCUCGGACCACAGUGUGGAGCCGAUGGUGGUGGAAAAGGAGCGGGCCCCAGAAACUCCAGGACCCACGGCACCGGUUGGAGCUCCAAGUUCCACAACGGAGAGUGUGCCGGAGACCCCUCCUCCAGGGGAGAUUCCAGGUCCCGGUUAUGUCCCGAAGGCAGCUCCUGGGGAAAUUCCAGGUGCUCUGUCGAAAUCCAAGGCAGCACCAGCGGGGGCUACACCGAAGGCCUGGUCUGUGGUUCCAACUUCCUCGCCUUUGACGGUUCCAGAAGCGCCAGUGGCUGUAGAGUCUUUGCCUGCAGUUCCAGAGCCAGCAACCGUGACAGCGGAGGAAGGGCCUACCUCCGAGACCGCUACAUCAUCCGCAGCGGGUGCCCUUCCGCCUCCGGGCGGCUUGGGUCAAACAGCCGAAGAGAGGGAGUUUGUGCUUCCUUCCCCUUGCCAGAAGAAGUGA